AUGACGCAGCCCGCUGGCACGUUGGUGCACACACCCGAGGAAUGGCUCGACGGCGGUUUCCCUGAUGGCGGCAUCUUGCUAGACACAGUGGAAGACGAACUCCUCAAUGCGGGACCCUGUGGUGCUGCGGACGACGACGACGUGGACAUCACCGCGGAAAACUCUCCCUCCCUGAUAGAAGACAUCCGCAUCACGGAGCGUUUCAUCUCAGAACUCCAGACCGCCACGUUGAAAAAUGGAGAUCUUCCAUUGAGCCUGGUUCAAACCUUGCAAGACCCGGAUCACUGUCCCCAAGGGCCACUGGUAGAACUCAACGAUCCCAUCCUCCGACUCUCCCUCGAUCUCUUCCUUGCGGUUAGCAAUGCAUCUCAGCAGACUUAUACAGAUAUCGGGGCUGCGCUCAUGCGAUACCAGCCCGCCCUGAAAAUCUUGUCAUUCGAUCAGAUACAACGCCGCGUUGCCGAAUUGAGUGGUGUGGUUCCGAUCAUCCAUCAUAUGUGUGUCAACACCUGUGUCGCCUUCACAGGACCUUUCCGGGAUCUGACCAAGUGUCCGGUGUGCUACGAGCUCCGGUACGACCCUCUCAAACCAGGCUCAAAUGUGCCGCGGCAGGAAUUCCAUACAAUCCCUCUAGGGCCGCAGCUACAAGCAGUUCGCCGUUCCGUCGAGGGAUCCCAGGCCAUGCGAUAUCGACAUGCAUGCUAUGAGAAGGCCAUCAAGGAGAUCUACGCGAACCAUUCUCUGGCAGAGUUCUGUGACGUCUGGCAUGGGACGGACUUCCUCGACGCCGUUCAAACAGGGCAUAUCAAGCCCCACGAUCCGGUUCUCAUGUUCUCGGUUGAUGGCGCACAGCUCUAUCGCAACAAAUCUUCAGAUUGCUGGAUAUACAUCUGGAUCUUAUUGGACCGCUCUCCAGACAUGCGCUACAAGAAGAAGUUUGUCUUGCCUGGUGGAUUUGUCCCGGGGCCAUCGAAGCCCAAAAACCUAGAUUCAUUUAUAUUUCCAGGAAUGUAUCACUUAUCGGCACUACAGCGUGAGGGAAUGUGCCACUGGGAUGCCAUUGAUGAGGCCGUUACGGAUUCGAAUCCCUUUCUUGCUCUGGGGACCGCCGACAGCCCUGCCAUGGCAAUGAUCUUUGGGGGUGUCGGCCAUCACGGCGCCUAUGGAUGUCGUUUAUACUGCCCUCAAAAAGGAUGUCACAAGCGAGGCGGGGCACAAUAUUAUCCUGCAUGCUUGAGGCCCUGUGAUUGUGAGGGUGUUCCUGAGGAGCCUCCAGAUUAUGAUCUUCGGACGAUCAAGAUUCCUUCCGCACAAGAGACGGAGGCAAGAUAUUUAUCCAACUUGAAGUUUGUUUCACAAGCAUGCACGCCUGCAGAGUAUCGUGCUCGCCGACUGCAGACAGGAGUCUGUAAACCUUCGAUAUUCAGUGGUCUAGACCCAACCCGACGUCUUCGCAUUCCUGCAUUAUUUCCUGCCGACCUUAUGCAUCUCACAUCCUUGAACCUCACCGAUCUCUUUGUGGGGUUGUUUCGUGGGACACUUGAUUGCAGUGCUUCGGACAAUCUCUUUCGAGAUCCAGUAGUUUGGCAAAUCCACGGCAAGGCAGUCGCCGCAGCAACUCCAUAUCUCCCUGGUAUUUUUGAUCGUCCUCCCCGUAACCCUGCCGAAAAAAUCAACAGUGGGUACAAAGCGGUUGAGUUCCUUACAUGGAUCUAUGGUCUCGCACCAGCCCUUCUUCAUGGUGUACUUCCUGAUCAGUACUGGAGAAACUUCUGCAAGUUGGUUGCAGGUAUCCGUCUUGUGCAUCAGCGCAAUAUUAGACAGACUGAACUCAAACUUGCUCAUCGGCUCCUGAUUGAGUUCUCGGAAGAGUUCGAGCAGCUGUACUAUCAGCGGAAAUCUAGUCGUCUACACUUUUGCCGACAGAGUGUCCACGCACUUUCACAUCUCGCUCGACAGGUCACACGGUGUGGCCCCCCCGGUUAUACUACGCAGUUCACUAUGGAGCGAAUGAUCGGUGACCUUGGGGGGGAGAUAAAACAACACUCGAAUCCAUAUGCCAAUCUUUCACAGCGUGGGGUUCGUCGAGCACAGGUGAAUGCACUGAAGGCCAUGGUACCCAAUCUUGAUAACAGCACAAAACACCUGCCGCGUGGCUCCAAAGACUUAGGAGACCACUACCUUCUUUUACGAGCCCAAGAUUCUUGUGCACGCUCGGCCGGCGGAGUAUAUGAUGAUGUGGGUAGUCUCGAACGAGACUGGGUUCCAAAGGUGCGGCGUUGGGCUCGCCUGCGACUGCCAAAUGGACAGGUUACACGGUCCUUGUGGAAGGAAUCCCGCAAGCCUGUUAACAAGGUCAGAAUGGCCCGCAACGUUAAGAUCAUCUCUGCAGGUCUCAUUCAAUUUGCAGAAGUGCGGUACUAUUUUACCAUGCGCAUUCAAGGCGAGGUUGUUGCACUAGCGCUCGUCAGUUUGUUCUCGCAGCCCGACACUGAGCUCAUGAAGGCUUCCUCGAACACGGUCCUUUCUUGCGAGCAUCGAGGGGAUUCUGCACUGGCUGUCAUCAAUGUGAAGACCAUUGUAGCAGGCGUAGCAAUGAUCCCGCACGGAGAUGGUCUCCCAAACCUGGGCUCGCGUUUUUUCGUAGUGGAGAAGAUGGGACUCGAAAUUGCGUCUAUGGAUGGAGUAGCCGAAGAUGCAGCAGAUGAUUAG